UACCAUAAUGGCUGGAAUUGUGGUAGUUUUCGACUUCGACAAGACCAUCAUCGACUGUGACAGUGACAAUUGGGUUGUUGACGAGUUGGGUUUCAAUGAUUUGUUCAAUGAGCUCCUUCCCACCAUGCCUUGGAACACUCUCAUGGAUAGGAUGAUGAUGGAGCUUCAUUCACAUGGAAAAACAAUUGAGGACAUUGUACAAGUUCUGCAGAGGAUUCCAAUACACCCCAGAAUAAUCUCUGCCAUUAAAGCAGCCAAUGCUUUAGGGUGUGAUUUGAGGAUUGUAAGCGAUGCAAAUACUUUCUUUAUCGAGACAAUUUUGAAGCACUUGGGAAUAAGGGAGUGCUUCUCAGAGAUUAACACUAACCCAGGUUAUGUUAAUGAAGAGGGAAUAUUAAGAGUGUUGCCUUACCAUGACUUCAACAACUCUCCUCACAGUUGCAGUCUGUGCCCUCCAAACAUGUGCAAGGGUCUAAUCAUAGAAAGGAUUCAAAACUCAAUAUCCCGUUUUGCAAACAAGAGGUUCAUCUAUCUUGGGGACGGUGUUGGGGACUACUGUCCAAGCUUGAGGCUUAAAGACAAAGAUUUUGUGAUGCCAAGGAAGAACUUCCCCGUAUGGGAGUUGAUAUGCAAAGAACCAUUGCUUAUUAAAGCUGAAAUCCAUGAGUGGAGUGAAGGAGAAGAAUUGGAACAAGUUUUGCUGCAGCUAAUUAAAAAAAUUUCAAUGGAGGAAAAUACUUGGUUCAUUUCAGCUGAUUACAAGUUGCAGACUCUAUCGGUCUCUACCCAUGAGACUUUGGCUCAUGUUCUUCCAGUACGGCAAUAGUAACCUACCUUGAAGUUUCUUACCUACUUUACUUCCAAAUCAACCUUUUCCUAUAGUUACCAGUUUUAGAAUCGGUCCAAAAUAAAGGGCCAUAAUCCUUAUUAAAUACAAACAUCAGUUUGCUCCAAAGCUUGCCGAUACC